AUUGUUUGGAUUUCCCCAAAUUUACAGCUGAUUAUAUGCAAGGCGUCUAUUGCGAAAACAUGUCUUCGUCCAGUGAUGAGGGCAGCCCGCCGCGUCAGCGACUGCGCCUUGUUGAAUCUUUAUCUUCCGAUGGAGAAGAGCAUCUUAGUGCCACCUCAAGGGGCAGCCUUGCCUCAAGAGAGGAGGGAGCCUCGCCAACAGCAAUUGGGGGAGGAGCGAGUACCAGACGGGAUCGGCAAGCAGCCACUGAUCCUGUAGUCCCCCAAAGAGGUCCUCCAGCCACCUCCAGAGGUCGUCGGGGAGGUCGUGGCGGUCGGGGUCGUGGUUCCAGAGGCACCACCAGGGAAGAUGAGGAGGAAUUUAUUCCACACAUAAAUAAUGACUUUCUCAUCCAACUGGUGGAGGCACGCCCAGCAUUGUGGGACCACACCCACCGCCUGCAUGCCGAUCACGUAGCCACCCGACACUUCUGGGAGCAGGUGUGCUCUGCCUUAGUCCCAUUUUGGGAGGACCUCGAACCAAGGGCUCAGGAACAGUGUCGCGAAAAAAUUCUCACUCGAUGGCGGUCUAUGAGGGACCGCUUCAAGAAAGACUACAACGAGGAAGUUCGGGCCCCCAGUGGUUCAGUGCCAUCCUCAAGGCGGCAAUAUCGCUAUCAGGCCGCCUUGGGUUUUUUAAGAAGAACGCUGGAGCUGAGGCGAAAAUCUGGUGGCACUCGGGAGCCCAAAGUCCAACUUGAAGUGGUCCCUGAAGAGACCGCCACCGCCGGCCCCUCUGGACUGGGUCGGAUUACCUCUGCCCGGGACACUACUGUUCACCAACCGGAACCCUCUGGUGACCUCCCUGUGGAUCCGCUUGGCAUUGCUUUCCAGGGAGUUUUACGUCGCCACAAGGCCGGUAGGAGCCGUCAAGCGGACUUCGAAGAUCUUAUAAGGGUCGUUUCCGACUCCUUACUGGGAUUUGGAAAUAGGCUCAACAGUCUGCAGGAGGUUAUGAAUCACCGACAGGAGGGGGCGGUGUCGGCGGUUUCCCGCAGUCCUGCUGAGUGCUAUUUGAUGUCUCUAGUUCCCUUGAUGGAACAAAUGACGCCUGAGCAGAUGUUUGAAGCCAGAAGAAUGGUGGAUAAUGGUCUCUGGGAAAUUCUUCACCGCCCCCAAUCCCAGCCCCAAUCCCAUUCCCGUCCCCCUGAGCAAGUGUCACAUUCACAUUCUCAUUCUUUCUCUAAUCGUCCUUCUCACUUCCUCCCUCCUACUUCUAUCCCUAACCCUUUGACACUUGGCCGGGAGCUCUCUUCACCCUCCUCUUCUCACCACACCCCUCCUGUAGCCUUUUCCAGACAGUGCGAUUCUUUUUCAAGCACCCUGGCAGAACCUAUGCAACAGGACAGAGAGGGCAUUUCUGGUCCCAGAUCCAACCCCCGCUCUUCCACCUCCCAACGCAAAUAUCGGGAUUUGUAAAAAUUAGCUUUUUGCUUAACAUUUUUUUCUCUUGAAGUAUUAUAUUGUUUAUGGGAAAACUUUAUUUAUUGAUAUAAGUAAACUUCAUUUUUAAAAUAAAU